GGAAAGAUGGAUGGUUGAAUGGUUGAAUGGUUGAUCGGUCGGCGAUGACCGCCAGCCGUGGCGCGCCGCCCGCGCCGUAAGGAAGGAUUUCGGUUGGCCCUGAUGACGAUGGCUUUGGCCCGAGUCAAGGGCCGAUCAACGAAGAUCGAUUGUGAUAAUCCGGCCUUUCCAGCCCAUCCCAGUGAAGAACUCCUUGGAAAACUCCUACGGGGAGUGGAGGGGGCUCAGGGCAUUGAUUGUGUUGAUUUUCUAUCAGGGGCUCCCACCCCUGUAGGGCAGAGAAAUAUCCGACAGAUGUGAAGCAAAACCUGAGAUCUUGUCUCCUGUCUUGUCUGUCAGCCCUACUUCGGCCUCACAGACAUGAUAAAGGAAGACUAAAGAUCAGCAGUGGGGCUCGAAUUACAUCACCGGUUAUGAUCUCAGUGUUUACAAUUACAAAACAGUCAUAUACUAACACCAAGGAGGACGAAUCGCCUCGUCUCCUUGACGUUGUCCUUGCC